CUUGAACGCCAAGAUAUCAAGCCCACCUGGGUAAUCACCACCUCGAUUGCAUCGACACCUCAAACGCGACAGUCACCUCCAACGACGGAAACUCAGCUCACAACAAACCACGCCGCCAUGUCGCUCGAGAACCUUCUUCCGCUAGAGCUCAUCGACAAGUGCGUGGGUUCGCAGAUCUGGGUCAUCAUGAACGGUGGAAAGGAAUUCACUGGAAAGCUGGUGGGUUUUGAUGACUACGUCAACAUGGUGCUGGAGAAUGUGACGGAGAUUGACCCAGCGGAGGGGAACGUCGAGUUGCCCAAAAUCCUACUGAACGGCAACAACAUCUGCAUGAUGGUGCCGGGAGGCGAUGGGCAAACUGUACUGGAGGACGAAUAGGGCCGAUGCAAAGCAGCAUCGUAUGACUUCAGCCCAUAUUGCGACAACGACGACACGGCCACGACUGCGGUUGGUGGUUGGUGCGCCUAGCCCGGCACGGUCUGCUACCGAGGGACACGGCGACGUUAGUGAGAAGGCUGACGAGCCGUCGGUCGCGAUGGUCACGCUGGGGCAGAUUCAAGGCGGUUCUGAUGACACGUAGGGUCUAGAAUGCCAUGACCUUGGACCUUGAGAUGAGACAUAGCGCAAUGGAAUAUCAUGGAUAUGCAUGUGCCCACCUAUCAUGUCACGUGCGUACUGUGACCAAGAAACCUUGGAAACAACGUUCCG